AUGAAAGUCCCACUGUCAGUUGCUGAGAGAUCUACUGGAUCCGCAAAGAGCAAGAACGAAACAAUUGAUAGCCUUUUACAAGAUAAUGAUCAGGUCGAACUGUUUGGCAGUGUUCUAUGGUCUCAAUGUUUUCAAAUCGUAACAAAAGAUUCUUCAAAUUCAUCUGAAAGUAUGGACAUUUCAUCAAGGCAAUGGUACGAGAAGUCGCGAAUGUUGUAUCUUCUCAUAACAAGAUCCAGCGAGUAUCUGAGAAAUCUGCAACUGAUUUUUGGCACGGAAUCAUUAACGCAAGGGCAAAGUGCUAUUGGAGCUGAACUUACACAAAAGGUGUAUAAUGCGUUUGUUCAGGCUUCAGCAAGAUUUAAACAGCAACAUGUCCCACAUAUGGUUCCAAUAGAUGUAAGAAAUAUGCCAUCAGAAGGUCUUGCAAAAAUUCGUCAUGUUGGUGCUUGGGCCAUCAAGAAAGUUCUUUCAAAUCAAAGAAAGUAUGUCAAAGACAACUUGGGCACCGUAGUGCCAAGUACACUUAAGUCUGUCAAUGAUCGUUUAGAAAUGUGCUGUCUGAUAGAGGACAAUUUAAUUGCUGAUUACGCGAAACUAAAGGAAACAACGUCUUAUUCUGAAACAUUAGAAGUAACUGAAGAUAGGCAGUAUAGAAAUCGCGGAUUGUCCCAUAUCAAAGACCAAGUAUAUGAGUUUAUCAUAGAACUCGAGGUUUCGAGAGUUCGGAACAUCAACGAUACCAAAUUGAAAGAACUGAAAGCGAACCUCGUCGAUCAAGCAAUUACAACGCUGUCUGACCGUGAAGAAUUGCAAGAGAAGUGGAUGUCAUGUUUUUCAUUGAAAACAAUUGAUGAAAAAAAGGUAGGUAUCUAAAUUUUAUCAAAUUUUAAUUGGCGCAUUACAAAAGAGCUAAUGCUGCAAAAUCUAACCCUAAAAAUGCAGGAAAUUGCAUUUGCGGGACUCCAGAUUUCAAUAUAAGAAAUAUUGACCAGACUUACAUAUAAGAAAUUCUAUAUCGCCCCUAUAUAGAAGUAAAAUAGUAAAUAAAGAGAACAUGCCCCCAAAUCCCCAAUAUUUCGUGAAAGGUUGUGGUCCUUUUGUCUCCUGUGGCGUUAUAUCAAUGUCUUAUUUAUUUUGGUACAUAAAACUUUGCCAUGUAUCGGCGUUUCAAAAUAUGUAUUGAAAAGGCAAAAGCAUAUUAGAGAAUAAUAUAUCAAUAGUAAUUAGUAUCAUAUGUAUUUUCAUUGUAUUUUUUAAGAGUAUCAUCAAGAUUAUGAUGAUGGUGAUAGAGAAAUAUGUUCGAAUGGGUGCUGGCCAGUACUUCAAAGAUUUCGUCAGAGCGCACAGGUAAUAAUACAAAUAGGUAUAUAUUUAUAGUAUAAUUUCAGUAUUAAAAAAUGAGCAUUCUGAUUGGCUCCCUCAUGCAGUAGUAAAUCUGAGGCAAUAGUUACUGCUUCAUACCGCUAUAAGCAGUAAUUAUUGCUUUUAAAAAAAAUGGAUGAAAAUUAGACGGAAGUAGGCCUAACUUAUUUGUGCAAACAUGCAUAAUAAUAAAAUAAACGCGUGUAUAAUAGGUGUAUUUAUAAAUUUGUGAUUAUUAACAUUUUUCAAUACUGGAAUUAUAUUUAAACAAUUAGUCGCCUCAGGCUCGAUGAUUACAAGCUUAUUUCACUUCUCCUUCGGCUCAGUCAAUAUAUAGGUUUGUAAUCAUCUCGCAUUCGGUGACAACGAUAUAUGCAUGAUUUGUUCGCAUGGGUAUCAUUGUACUCUCAUCUACUAGCCUUCGCUCUUAAAAGUGUUUUAGAGUGUAUAAUUUUUCAUUUAUGCUCAAAAAGAAUAGAGAAAACGUCAGAACACAGAAAAAAGGUGCUGCAGAAGAAAAAUGCUUUGGAAGAGAAGAAGGCAUCUAUCCCCUUUUCACAGAUAAAGGAAGAUGAUAGUCCUGAAAAGAUAAGGUCACACCAACAGCUCCAAGAUUUUGUACGAAAAUAUGAUGAACCCGCGUUUGUUAAAGCCUAUAACAAGAAAGAAUUGCUAGUGUUGUGCCGUGCUUAUGGUGUUGGCUCAAUUAAUUCGAAAACAACGAAGGUGAACAUGGUUAAAAAACUAAUUCCUGAGAUCCAAUCACAUGCACAAAUUCCAAAUCGAAGAUUUUUAGAUAAUAUGUAA